CACCUACAAAGACGAUAUGGAUUUGAGUUUUGCCACCGUUAUUUAUCGCACAACCUCAAGAAGCCGCCCACACUUGCUAUCGACUGGCCUACGUUGCUCAGCGUCCGUCUGAUAAUCGACGAAAAAUUUGCCUAUAAAGUGUGGCAGCAAUCGGUGGGAGUUUACUUGAAUCGUUAAAAAUGGAAUCGGAAACGCCGACGAAAGCCAGCGUGGUGAGUUCGUUGAUGGCGGUGAAGCGAAAUUCCGGCAAGACUUUCAGUCAAAUAGCGGCGGAGAUCGGCUUGACUAACGUCUACGUUGCUCAGCUCUUGAGACGUCAAGCACAAUUAAAGCCCGAAACCGCCCCUAAACUCCUUGCAGCACUCCCCGGCUUGACGGAAACACAUAUCCUCCAGAUGGCGGAACCCCCUCUUAGAUCGUAUGAUCCGACAAUCAUCCAAGAUCCCACCAUAUACAGGUUAAAUGAAGCGGUUAUGCACUUUGGUGAAAGUAUUAAGGAAAUCGUCAAUGAAGAAUUUGGUGAUGGAAUAAUGUCAGCUAUAGACUUCUUCUGCGCUGUUGACAAAGUGAAAGGUGUGGAUGGGAAGGAUCGCGUAGUGCUGACCUUUGAUGGGAAGUAUUUGCCACACACUGAGCAUAAGGUGGAGCACAUGGUUUCAAGGUUGAAGCUGCAGGAAGAUUUAAAAGGGCCCGGCACUUGAAACAAGUCAUUUGUUGUUAAUUAUGUAUGUGUUCUUAGAUGUUUUCAUGUAUUUGUAUCUUUAAUCAUCAUCUGCUUUAUGGUGUAGUCUUCAAUAUGUAAUAACAUUUAGUUCAAAAUACCCUAGAUUUGUGUGUGUAUAUAUAUAUAUAUACACACACAC